AUGCAAUUUGAAUUUAAGAGCAACUUUUAGCAUGGGUAAGCAAGCACGAACUCUUGUUUCAGCAUGGGUAAGCAAUCAAGCAAGCAAAAUUAGCAAAUGGGUAUGAGCAUGAUGAUUUCUUCUGAUUUUUAUUAAGUUUCUUAAGAAUUAUCUUUAGCAAGCCCUCUUCUUAAGAAACUUAAUUUUUUUAAUAUUAAUAAAUUAUCAAAUUUUGUUAAUAUCUUCUUUAUUUGA